AAAGAAUUUGUAGAGGCACAGCCACAGGAGGAACUAGAAUGUAUUGCAAAGCAACUGGAUUCCAGUGGAGAUGCUGAAGUUCAAAUCGACGGCAAAGCCUUCACGUUAACCAAAGACCUUGCUGUCUUUGAACGGAAGAAAGAGAAGGCACAGAAAGCUGAAUUGCUGGAAGCACCAGCACCUUCAAGUAGUCCUACUACUUGCUGAGCCGUUUUUCUGUGUGAUAUAAGCAUGUAUGUGGUAUAUUUUUUGAUAGUAUAUAUUAAUGUGUAUAUAUAUAAAUAUAUAUGCCUACAUCAUGUGUUUUUGUAUUGAAAACCCUCCAGCUUAGCAAGAAGCUGUCUGAGAUGGAGAGAUAAGCUGGUCUAAUCAGCUCAAGUCAUCUUUGGGAUCAUAGGGAACUUUGUCAAGCUCAAGAUAACUACUCCGAAGCUAUAUAAAAGGGAAAAGGAUCAGAACAAAGAGCCAAUGAAAAACCAAAGAAUUGGCACACGUCUGAAAGGUCACUGUGAACGCCUUCACUCCGGGUGUCAUCGAGCCUUCCUUUGGAAUCGACCGCAUUUUCUCCAUGCUACUAGAGCAUGUCUACAGUGCUCGGCCGAAGGAAGACCAAGAUGACAAGCAGACACGGGGUGUUUUGUCUUUUGCUGCUGCCUCUGCACCAUACAAGUGUGUAAUUCUGCCUCUGGAUCAGCGAAUUGCCCGCGACAAGCGGUAUCUUCGGAUGCUUGAUUCCUUCCAGAGAGAACUUUGUGAACAGGGCCUGUCCUUCACCAGUGAUGAGAGCAAUGCCACCAUUGGCAGAAGGUAUGCUCGUAAUGAUGAGUUGGGCGUGCCUUUUGCGGUCACGUUUGACUUUGAAACGAUGGAGGACAGCAGCGUGACCCUUCGAGAACGCGACACCAUGUGGCAGAUCCGACUGCAGCUGUCGCUUCUGGGAGAGCUUUUGCGGUGCCUUUGCAAGGGCAGCGAGUCCUGGCAAUCCGCCUUUCAACGCUUUCCCCACAAAAAGACAAGCAACGAAGAGUUUCGGAAAGACUAGGCUGGAGGCAGUGGAUUUGCUGUUGAAGCACAGAUUUGCGUCCUCAGACUGUCGGCAGCUGGCUGCGGCUGGAGUGCUGGAGAGGGAA